ACGUCAUUUAUACACAGGAAAAAUGGCGACUCACGGAGAAGGACCGAGUAGAAGUACGAACCAAAACAAUGAAAAUGUCGACCCUUCAGACAGACUUAAACAGAUUUAUCCAGCAGUAAAUGAAGAGGAAACACCUUUGCCAAGGACAUGGAAUCCAAGAACGAAAUCUACAUUCAUUGGAUUAUCGCAAAACAAUCUUCGAGUUCACUACAAAGGCGUAGGUAAAACCCACAAAGAUGCGGCGUCCGUGACGACAGCACACUCAAUACCAGCAUCCACUGGGAUAUAUUACUUUGAAGUGACUAUCAUCAGUAAAGGCCGCGAUGGAUACAUGGGUAUUGGUUUAUCAACAGAGGAGUUUGUCACCAACAUGAACAGACUACCAGGUUGGGACAAGCAUUCCUUUGGUUACCACGGCGACAACGGGCACACAUUCAACUCGGCGGGGAAUGGUCAGCCGUACGGGCCCACGUUUACGACCGGCGACGUCGUCGGCUGCGGCGUCAACCUCAUAGACAACACCUGCUUCUACACCAAGAAUGGCGUCAACCUAGGGGUGGCGUUUACAGAUUUACCUAGCAAUCUCUACCCUACAGUCGGCCUGCAGACGCCAGGAGAGAUUGUGGAUACUAACUUCGGACAGAAUCCAUUUGUCUUCAACAUAGAUGACCUCAUGCAGGAAAUGCGAAUGAAGACCUGUGCCACAAUUUCAAAGUUUCCAGUUCCAGACGAUAAAGGGGAAUGGCAGACCACCCUUCACAGAAUGGUGUCCACCUACCUAGUCCACCAUGGUUACUGUUCAACAGCACAGCGUUUCGCAAGAUGUACGGGUCAAACCAUCGCAGAGAAGUUAACAUCAAUUGCAAACAGACAAAUUAUACAGAGGCACGUGUUACACGGCCGCAUGGGCGACGCCAUCGAAACCACACAGAGACUAUACGCAGGCUUGCUAGAACGCAAACCAAAUCUGGAAUUCAUGCUCAAAUGUCGCCAGUUUGUGGAAAUGGUCAAUGGAACGGACAGUGAAAUCCGCAGCCUGCGCAACAACCCGCUGUCUCGGUCGUCCAGCCGGCACGCGAGCCCCGCAAUGAGUCCACACCACGACAGUAUAUCAAUGUCGUCGUCCUCAACGACGUCGUCUUCGCAUCACGGGGAGGUACAACCACAUCAGGGAAGCAGCGGCAGCAGUAGUAGUAGUAACGUCAUACACAUUAAGCUUGGGUCGGGCUCCCCGAAAUCGCACCAUCAGUUAGACCAGGCCAGUACCUCGGACACAAACUCAAUGAACGGGUCCUCCCCUAAGGGACAAGUCAUGAAUGGGGGACCGGCUAAAGACCUCUCCUCCUCCUCCUCCUCCCACGAUAAUGAAAUAGACAUGGAUGUGGACUACUCAAACAACCAUCAUCAUCAUCACCAUGACGACAGGCCCAGGGACGUUGCAACAGCCAAUGACAGGAAUCUUAGGAACGGGGCGCCGGUCAGUAAUGGCAGUGUACCGGUGAUGAAUGGGUCUUGUCCUGUCGAUGAGAUGGAUACCGAUGACAUUGUCAUAGAGCCAAGAAGCACGAAACGGCAGUUGUGCGGGGGUAACAUCGCUGCAAUAGAACGCAUGUUGUCUUUCGGCAGAGAGCUGCAAGCCAUGUACGACAGACUGUGCAGAGAGGUGGGGAGAAGUGAUACCAACCAGAAAGCAUUACAGGAUGCAUUCAGCCUGCUAGCGUAUUCUGAUCCAUGGAGUAGUCCUGUCGGUUACCAGUUAGAUCCGGUACUCAGAGAGCCUGUGUGUGCUGCCCUCAAUAGUGCCAUCUUAGAAUAUCAGAAUAUGCCGAAGCACCCACUGUUGGAGUUGGCCAUCGGACACACCAUGGAGACCAUGAAACUCAUGUCCAAAUAUGGCCCCGGCUCAUGUGCCUUCACCAGCGUACAAAGCUAUAUCCACUAACAACACGCCGCUAGCUGGUACCCCGCCAAAGUACCCCGCUCAAAGUUUGAGAAAGGAAAUUCGUCAUCCAACUCUUUUAAAAAAAGAUUUUCAGUGGAGUUAAUCUUUGAAGUGGAGAGGAAUCUUUGAGAAAGUCAGGCCAUUAACUAAUUUGUUUUGCAAAAUUGAAUGUACAUAACAUGCUGCCUCUAACAGGCUGGAUAUAGGACUUAGGAGCAAAAAUUAUGCAGUGCCAGAGGCCAGAGUAUAGGGGUAAGAGUAGGAGGGUUAACUAUCUCACCAUGAUAUUGUGCUUUUCACUUUUGCCUUUUAAUACCUGUCUGGCUGCAAAGUUCCUUUAAAAUUUAUCAUUUGGGAUUGUUUUAGAAACAGUGUGCACAACAAAUUAUUGAACAACUGCCACAUCGAUUGUUUGAUGUCCCAAGUGCAAAGGAUUAUUUUUGUUUUUAAUUUUUAAAGUUUCAAAUUGGGUAUUGCUUGUUCGUCAAUGACACCAAGACUGUCAUGAGAUUGCGUCUAUUUGUGAUAAGUAGAACUCUCAAUACAUAAUUAUCAUAGUCUAAAGUCGACCAACUUAUCAGGCAACAAUACAUAAUUUUUGAACGCACAAAAUAUGCUUCUUGCGUAAAUACUUCGGGUGGAAUGCAGGAGUUUGGUCGGUGAAUGAUUUGGCUACAUAGACAAAUGCGUGAACUUGAACCUCUCUCCAAGUGGUCUUGCUGGCUUGUUUCUGAAUGUACGCGUAAAACACUGUAGCUGCAAAUUAGAUUUCCCAUCCAAGUCACACUGUUAGGGCCUAUAAACACAAGAGGUCAACAAGUGAACAAGCUGGGGAAUUUACUGAAAUGAAAAGCCAAUGGUUCUGCUGUCCCAUCGCUGAAAAUGUUGAGGGCAAAACCUGUUAUUCCACACUAUCUUUGGGGGGAUGGUUGGCUUGUGCGUAAAGUGCUCCCCUCUCACUAAGGUGACCCUGGUUCGAUACCUUGCCAGGGCCAUAAUGUGAGUUGAGUUGUGUGUUGGAUCUCUGCUGUGCCAAAAGGGUUUUCCAGACAUCCGGUUUUCCUCCCUCGGGAUCUCUGGCUGUGCUCCGUGGUCAUAAUGGGUUGAUGUGGCUGGCUGCCAAAGGCGCCCUUGCAUGUUUGCUUCUUGAACAAGUUGUAGCCGCAUCCUUUCGCAAUUCAGCUCUUAGCUGUGAGUUAGGAUGAUUAGCCUCCCAAAUUAAUAUAAUAUAAUUAAUAUAAAUUUGAUGUAAGCACAAACAGUUUCAGGCCCUGUCAUACAUGUUUAUUCCUCACAUCACUUUGUCAUAUUCCUUGUUGACUUUCCCUCUCCCAUUAUCUUUCAAAGAAACAAAUUUUCCAUUGUAGAGUGACUUUUCUUGUUUUACUGCAAGCUUUUUCUUGAAAGCUUAAAAGCUGCAUCCCCAAACACAAAUGUCCCAACCCGACCAGUUACCCUUGAAACAAAAUCUCAGACUAAGCUUACUCAAGUAAUUUCUCCAAAUUAAGUCAAAAUGCUGUCCCCCUUAACACAUUAUUGAGUUAGAACCCUUAAUGGCUGCUUUGUGGCAUUUUGUUUGAUACGUUAUUUUGAUCAUGUUUUUGCUUUUUUGGUAUUCCCAAUCAAUGAUAUUGACAAAAUAGACCAACAUAGGGCUAGAUAGCUUAGUUGUUAGAUGGCAAUACUAACUUAAAGAUAACCCAUUUAGUCGUGUGACUCCAUUGCCAUCCAAAAAUAAUGUCAGGAUGUUGCAUUUACUUUUAAUCAGUAAUUUACGGCAGUUCUGUUGGAGUAGGUGUA